AUGGCCCCUCUCGCAGGCAAAACCGCCCUCGUCACCGGCGGCGCAAAGAACCUCGGCGCUGACAUUGCGCGCGAACUGGCCGGCUCCGGGCUAUCCAAUCUGGCCAUCCAUUACAAUUCGGCAUCGACCAAGACGGAUGCGACGAAGCUCGAGGCCGAAUUCAAGAAGAGCUAUCCUGGACUCAAAGCCGUUUUUUAUCAGGCAGACCUCACCACUGCCGAUGCCGUGCACGCACUUUUCCAAAAUGUUGUCAAGGAGUUUGGGCAGCUGGAUAUUGUGAUUAAUACGAUUGGGAAAGUGCUCAAGAAGCCGAUUACGGAGAUUAGUGAGAAGGAGUAUGAUGAUAUGUUUGCAAUCAACUCUAAAGCUGCAUUCUUCAUCCUCAAAGAAGCCGCCGCGCAUGUCAGCGAAGAAGGCAAAAUCAUCACCAUUGUGACGGCGCUAUUGGCCGCCUUUACUGGUUUCUAUACUUCUUACGCAGGAAGCAAGGCCCCUGUUGAGCACUUUACCAAGGGUGUCAGCAAAGAGCUUCAAUCGCGAAGAAUCAGCGUGAAUGCAGUCGCGCCGGGUCCUAUGGAUACUCCAUUCUUCUACCCCCAGGAAUCGCCCGAGGCUGUCGAGUUCCACAAGUCUAAUGGAAUGGGGAAUCGCCUUACCGAGACUACUGAUAUUGCGCCGCUGGUGCGCUUCUUGUGUACCGAGGGACGCUGGAUUACAGGACAAACUAUUUUUGCGAAUGGUGGAUAUACGUCUCGUUAA